GUAGCGCACGACAUAGAUAGAGUGUGGUGUUGUGUUUGCCGUGCGAGAUCUCAACGCAAACCCGCGAAUGCCCACACCGAUCCGAUCGUUUGUUGUGUCGCGCGUGAAAGUGAACGCGUUGCGGAAAAACGACGACGCGCGCUCCGUGGUGGUUGCUGGUUAGGGAUUUUACAUCAGAGUUCCACCAGAGGCCCUGGCCAGUGCAGGGUGGCAGCAACACUACCGAUAGAGUGGCGCACAGCACUAGACCGAAUCCGUGGUUGGUGAUGCUGCUGCUGCUGAUUAGUGUGUUUCCUUGUUUAUAAAUAUUUUGAGUGUGUACGCUGUGUACGCGCGCACUUUUUCUCAGCUGGAAAAUCCGGUUGUCUUUGGCUUACCCCCACCCCCCAAUAUUGCUGCCCGCGCACGUACAGAAGUGAACCCGUCCGACCAGAAAUUCUUCCCGAAAAACCUCCCCUGGUUUCAAUGUCGUUUAGUGGCUUAGUGUUGUUGUGUGCACGGUAAUCGGGCGGAAAAAAGCAGCGAGAGGAGUACGGAAAAACCUGCGAAAAACCAGACCCGAAAUUAACUCGUGUGAAAAGCAAAAAAGCAAAAAUCAACGAAAAGCAGCAAACGACGGUGCGAAACACUUACCCGUCUGGUUGACUGCCGUGUGUUGAGGGCGAGUGUUUUGCAGGGUGCAGACUCUAGUGGUUCGAGUGGUGUGUGUCAUCGCCUCAGGAAGUGUAUCGCUUACCGGACGAAGCAAACGGAGCGCCCGUGCAACAGAUCGUCACCCGAAUCGGCCGCAUCGUAGCAAGUAACUUGAUCUUUUGGCGGUUUGUCGGUAACCGGCGGACCGAGAAACAAACAUAACAGUGUGCUUCACCUCCGUCCAGAUAAAUACGAGCCAGAUCAGAUCAAUGCUUCAGCGGGCGGAUCAAGUUGCAUCAUCUAGCCCCCAACACAACGAAACCAAGAGCAGACAAAAUUUGAUUGUUACCAGUAAUCCUUUAUGACCAGCAGUCUGUUUGGUUUGUUUUGAUUAGCGACGUAAAUGAAUCUUGCGAAGAAUUAAUUUCGCAACAGCAACAAUCUUUAAUGCUCCUUUAAUGCGUACGGAAAGCAAUCCUUCUUGAACUCACCAACAAAUAUAUUAAAUAUACGACUGCAAGUUCAUCAAAAAGGCAUCAAAAUGUUCAACCGGCUACGAAUGCGUAAGGAGAAGCCGUCGAAAUCGGAAACGAUUUCUACGACCAACACCACCGUCAUACAGGAUGCUGCAAAGGACAAUAAAAAGCUCAUCCUGGACAAUAGCCGCUGGGAGAGACGCCUCCAGAAGGAACUGAUGUCUUUAAUUAAGGAACCCCCGCCAGGCGUGUCGGUGGAUGAGGAAAGUGUCAGCCAAAACCUAACCCAGUGGAUAAUAAACAUAGACGGUGUGGAAGGAACACUGUACGAGGGUGAACAUUUUCAGUUGUUAUUCAAAUUCAAUAACAAAUAUCCGUUCGAUUCACCGGAGGUAACGUUUAUAGGCUCAAAUAUUCCCAUUCAUCCGCACGUCUACUCAAACGGUCACAUAUGUCUUUCGAUCCUAACGGAUGACUGGUCGCCAGCGUUGUCAGUACAAUCAGUGUGUCUUAGUAUAUCGUCGAUGUUGAGCAGCUGUCGAGAGAAAAGACGACCACCAGACAAUGGUAUAUACGUGAAGACAUGCAACAAAAACCCCAAGAAAACUAAAUGGUGGUACCACGAUGAUUCCGUGUAGGAAGUCGCCGGGAAUGGAAGUGGUAUAAAUGACGCAACGACUGGAGGAUGACAGGGAGUACCGAUAUAGCCGAUUGUUAUACUGAGUUUGGUUGUAUUUAUCCGCACACUCCCCCUUAAAAACACGUCAAAGAACCUAAGCAGUCGUUUAUUCUGUAUCUUACUAGUGAUCAUAAUUUGAAUUGAGAGCACUGUAGGUAAAAUUUCUUCAAUAUAUUCAAGCUCACUGGAGCGCAGCGCCGAUGUAAAGUGAGUGCAGUUUUUACCAUGUUUUUCCUCUGGUUUGUAAGAGACCUGUAACAUAUGUCGGGAUAUAAUACAAUCCCGCUAAAACGCUCACCAACAGCUUGUUAUGGAAAAAGCGUUUAAAAAAUCCCAGCUGUCGAUACAAACAAUACUGCUGCUUUACGGAUUACCGACUGGUGCAGCUGGUAAAUAUUUAGUUAUGUUUAUUCUAUGACUUAACUUCUGUUGUGCAACAGUUUCAGAUAAUAGUAAGCCUCAAUGCAAAGUUGUGUCCUUUUCGCGAUCGAUGCUUUCGUUUGCUCCCACCUAUAUAAGCUAAAGUAGUAGAAAGUGUGGAAUAGAAAGAGAAACAAACUAUUCAAUCGGUCUUAACAAGUCCGGCCGACGAAAAAGUGAUACGAAGUAAAAGAUGCAAAAAAAAAAACACUCAUACACAAUCCUUACAUAAACAGCACGACAGCACGGUAUAAGUAGGGUUAGUGCAAGAGCAAAACAGCAAACAAAAAAUCAAUCAGAUGUAGUCUGUUUAACGCCGUAGUAUUUCUAGCAUAAAAUUCCUCCGAAUGCUUAAAUAAUAUUUUGAUUUAUUUAUUAUUGCUUUCCUAUUUGUGGCACAUCUGGUUCGAAAGAUAAUGCCACGUCUCUUGUCAAAUAAGAGAACAAAGAAACCAGUCAAUAAUCUUAGGCUUAACGAUAAUCUUAGUUCAUACUUAGUGUUACGCACGGGAGCGAUCGUUCGCAUACGAAAGAGAAUGGAACCCGUUUAAACCAUAAUUCUAUAAGCGAAGGCGCGUGCAACGGCUUUUAUAGCUGGCAGCAGUUUUCUUAAAACCGUCCGUCCCAGUGUAGCUGGGGAAGCGGCUCCGUAUAUGUUACGCCUAACGAUGAAAAGCCUUUUUGAAAGCGGAAAAUGCAGAAGAACAAAAAAAAAAACAAAACAGUUAAAAACAACAAAAACAAUAAUCCGUUUUGAUGAUUGUGUUCAAGUUUGGUUUCUGUCACGGGAGGGUUUCGCCACGAAGCAAUGCAAGCUAUAAGUAAACAAAACAAGUAAACAGCUGAAGAGUUGCCAGAGUAAAAUAAGAACGUUUAGAUAAAACAAAACAAAUGCAAAUACACCAAAUAUCAAAAUUAAUCUGCAAACAUUCCUUCUAGCUCUCACCAGUAGACAGCUGGCACAAAAAAAUAACAAAAAAAGAUAACAAAAGCAUACUUGAGCAUAAAUGCAAAAAUAACGAAAAGAGAGAAAAAAACAAAUGGCUAAAUGAUAGCAUCGUUGUGUUAAAUUUUACCUACCGGGCGUAUGAGACGAAAAGAUUAGACACGUAGCAUGUAGUAUGAAAUAAAUGAUUAAAUUAAACAUGUGCCAGCGGUGUGAGCGUGUGUGUGUAUGUAUGUGGGCGCGUGCGUUUUCUCGGUCGUCCUGCGUAUGUGUGUAUGUAUGUGUGAGUGUGUAUGUGGAAAAGCUCUAAGCUUAGCUUAACAGGGAUGGAUAGAAGGCAUGGUUUUCUUUUUGGAUGCUAGACGCCGAGACGCGCAUUACAUUCUCUGGUACGCAAACGCAUUCGACGUGCCAUGAGAAUGUUUGCUGUGCGAUAUCAGCAACUCCAUACGAACGGGAUGUGUAAAAGAUGUAAUGGUACGAAAUAAAUGUAACGUGAAAGUGAAUAGUAAU